AUAAUAAAAUAAUAUUAUGGCUGCUACCGAGGGAUCUGCGCGAAUUCAGUUCAAGACGCUGAAGGGAUUUCCGGCCAGCAGCGACGAUAAGCUGGAGACCCAGGCCUUCCUCAGCGCCGCCAAGGAGAUAGUGACUGUCAUAGAGAGCUUCGGCAAACUAUUUACGCCGGUGAUCAGUGAUAUGAAUGGAAAUAUUAAUAAACUAACCAAAGCCUACGGUGCGGACGUCUUGAAGUACCAAUAUCUGGAGGAUCUCAUCGUUUUGAAUGUGAACGUGGACGACUUUGCCUCCAAUGCCCUGCUCUGGCUGAAAAGAGGCCUCCAGCUCAUCUGCACCUUCUUCGAGAACAUCUACAACGACGCCCAGGGCAAGGAGGCCCUCAAGCAGCAUCUCCAAGAUGCCUACGAGCGCACUUUAAAGCCCUAUCACGGGUUCAUUGUCCAAAGCACUAUCAAGAUAAUUUAUAGUUGGGUCCCCACUCGCAGCCAGCUUUUGGGGCAGGGAUCGGCCCUCGAGGAGAACAUGACCGUGCUGGCCAGCUACUUACCGACGAUGCGCUCCCACCUGGACGCCAUCGACGCCCUGCUGAAGGCGCACAACCUGGACGACGCCCGGAAAGUGUGACUGACCUGACGGCUCAGACCAGCUUAGCCUAACUAGCCUAUCCUACUCCUAUCCUUAUUUAUGUACGUGCGUGUGUGUCUUUCGGCCAGUAUCCAAAGUAAAUCCCAGAGCCUUACUCUACUAGACUUGAA